UGCCCGGCAGGCAUUCUCCUUCCCCCAAUCGGCCUAUCCCCCUCUUCACCAACCCAUCCUCCCCUUUUACCAUUUCCAACCCCAGAAGAGAUUACCAUCGUCCCCGUCGUCGUCGUCGUCAUCAUCCCAUCCCCUCCCCCCUACCCCAGAGAACUCGUAUAAAAAAUGGGCGAGCCACCAAGAUCCUGUCCUUUUGUGCGACCCGACUCCUCCAACUUGUAGCAGCUCCACGCAGGAUAAAGAGGGUUGGAAAGCCCAAGAAUCCCCAGAGCCCCACUCCGAGAUCCCGAGCUUUCUGCGCUGCUCCGUCGCAAUCCACAGGAAUCCCCAUCGGAGGUUUCGCGGCCUCCGUGCGGUUCUUGAUCCAGGGUGCGCGCCGAGGACUCGCCAAUGCAGCCGGACGCGAGCGGCAACGCUGGCGGCGGCGCGAAUCCGAGGCCGAAGCUGCCGCCGGUGGCCGCCGCGCCGGCGCCGUCCGGGCGGCCGGCGUCCGUGCUGCCGCACAAGACGGCCAACGUGCGGGACCACUACCGCAUCGGGAAGAAGCUGGGGCAGGGGCAGUUCGGCACCACCUACCUGUGCGUGGCCAAGGAGGACGGCGGCGAGUUCGCGUGCAAGUCCAUCCCCAAGCGCAAGCUGCUGUGCCGCGAGGACUACGAGGACGUCUGGCGCGAGAUCCAGAUCAUGCACCACCUCUCCGAGCACCCCAACGUCGUCCGCAUCCGUGGCGCCUACGAGGACGCGCUCUUCGUGCACAUUGUCAUGGAGCUCUGCGCCGGCGGGGAGCUCUUCGACCGCAUCGUGGCCAAGGGGCACUACACCGAGCGUGCUGCAGCGCAGCUCAUCAGGACGAUCGUUGGGGUCGUAGAGGCAUGCCACUCGCUCGGCGUCAUGCACCGGGAUCUCAAGCCGGAGAACUUCCUGUUUGCCAGCACUGCCGAGGACGCCCCGCUCAAGACCACCGAUUUUGGGCUAUCCAUGUUCUACAAGCCCGGUGACAAAUUCUCUGAUGUUGUUGGGAGCCCCUACUAUGUUGCACCUGAGGUGCUUCAGAAAUGCUAUGGUCCAGAAGCUGAUGUCUGGAGUGCUGGGGUGAUUCUGUACAUUUUGCUAUGUGGUGUCCCCCCUUUCUGGGCAGAAACUGAAGCAGGAAUCUUCAGACAGAUCCUUCGAGGCAAACUUGAUUUUGAGUCUGAGCCCUGGCCUAGUAUCUCUGACAGCGCUAAAGAUCUAGUCCGUACUAUGCUUUGCAGGGAUCCUACAAAGCGACUCUCUGCUCAUGAGGUUCUUUGUCACCCAUGGAUUGUUGAUGAUGCUGUGGCACCUGAUAAGCCUAUUGAUUCUGCUGUUUUGUCAAGACUGAAGCAUUUUUCUGCAAUGAACAAGCUCAAGAAGAUGGCAUUGAGGGUUAUUGCUGAAAGCCUGUCUGAGGAAGAGAUUGGAGGUCUAAGGGAGCUGUUCAAAAUGAUUGAUGCCGACAAUAGUGGAACUAUAACAUUUGAUGAGCUGAAAGAUGGCUUGAAAAGGGUGGGCUCAGAGCUAACAGAACAUGAAAUCCAGGCUUUAAUGGAUGCGGCGGACAUCGACAACAGCGGAACGAUUGAUUAUGGUGAAUUCAUCGCAGCUACAUUGCACAUGAAUAAACUAGAGAGGGAGGAGAACUUGGUGUCAGCAUUCUCGUUUUUUGACAAGGAUGGAAGUGGAUUCAUCACCAUCGAUGAGCUAUCACAUGCAUGCCGCAAAUUUGGUCUGGAUGAUGUUCACCUUGAGGAUAUGAUCAAAGAUGUCGAUCAGAACAAUGACGGGCAAAUCGAUUACAGUGAGUUCACGGCGAUGAUGAGGAAGGGCAAUGCGGGUGCAACAGGGAGGCGAACCAUGAGGAACAGCUUGAAUCUGAAUCUCGGCGACAUCUUGAAUCCCAGCAACAGCUAAGUCGGCAUGGGGAGGAGAAAUGCCAUACCUGGUGGAUGCCAUUUUGUGGAAGUUUUUGCAUGCCUGAUCAGCUGGACUACUACUAAUCUAAGAGGGAAAGGGAGAUAGAUGGAGUCUCCUAGUAGUACUCAGUAGCUAGAGGGAGGGAAUGGCGCACUCCUUUGGUUGUAACCGAAUCUUAGACGCUGGAUAUGGAGGUGAUGAUGCGAUGAACUGCAUUAUGUAUUCCUGUGGUUGAACACUGUUGGUAGCCGGGGAUUGCAUCAACUUUUUUACUGUCACUUCUGUUUACUGUCAACUGUUGGUACAGUUGUUGAAAGGAAUUCAGAUGAUGCCUGCUGGCUGGUCA